AUGACCAGAAGCGAUCCUAUCCGAUUUCUCCUCACUAGACCAGCGCUCUCUGGCAGGCCAGCCCGUUGGCUCCUAUCUUUAGCGGAAUAUGACAUCACUUGCAAAGCUCCCAAGGCCAUCAAAAGUCAAGCGCUCGCUGACCUCUUGGCUCACUUUCCCAGUGGAAAACAUGAGCCGCCCUCGGAUGAAUUGCCAGGAGAUGAGUUCCAAGCGGCUGAAGUAAACACCGAAGGAGAAUGGAGUUUGAGUUUUGAUGGAUCGUCCACCUCUAAAAGGGGAGGAGCUGGAAUAGUCCUUGUUUCCCCAAAUCAAACUGAAGUCAAUUUGUCAUAUAAACUGGAUUUUAAAUGCUCUAACAACAAGGCGGAAUAUGAAGCCCUGAUAUUGGGGCUUAUGGCAGCACUCCACCUAGGAGUAAGUCUCCUAUGUAUCAAAGGCGACUCUAAUCUGGUGGUCAAGCAGACCAAUGGAGACUAUGCUAUCAAAGAGCCCCCUUUGGCUUCAUACAGAACCAUCGUCCAAAGGUUGACAGACAAAUUCGACACGGUAAGGAUAGAACACGCUCCUCGCUUCAAUAAUCGACACCUGGACGCCCUCGCCACCUUGGUCUCUAAGGUGGAAUUCUCGGAAGAAUCAACCAAGAUAGAAGUCCUGAAACGCUCCGUGCCAUGUUCAGUAACAACUAUCUUCCCUGAAAAAGAACCCGCCGAUUGGAGAGCACCAAUCAUCGAUGAGCUCCGUGCACCCUCAGGACCCAGGCACUACUGCUCGGGAUCAUCAGAGGAUACUGGACUAGCGGCUGAAGUCAUGGGAUCGUCGAGAUAG